CACUGCAAAGGUGCCACUGUUGUCAGUUGGUUGCUUGAGACAUCAAGCUGAUUUCUUUAUCUCCUGUCCAUCAUUUCCUCAUUUUUGAGACAUCAUGAAGGUGGCAUCAUUCAACAUUCAAAAAUUUGGGAGAGCCAAGAUCUCAAAUCCAGAUGUUGUUAACAUUCUCGUCAAGAUAAUUUCACGUUAUGACAUCAUUGUGAUUCUGGAGGUGGUUGAUGCCUCUGGGGACUCAGUGGAAACCUUCAUGGAGGCACUUAAUAAGGCCAACAACAAACAUCACUACACUUUAAAAAUCAGCAGUCGCCUGGGUAGAACCCGCUAUAAGGAGCAGUUCAUGUUUUUAUACAGGGACGAUCUGGUGGAUUUAGUGGGAUCAUACCAGUAUGCAGACAAGCAAGCUGGAGAAGUGGACGUGUUUGAAAGGGAACCCUACAUUCUACGCUUCCGCUGUCUCAACACUGUACUUAAGGACCUGGUUGUGAUCCCUGUCCACACCAAGCCUGAAGACUCAGAGAAGGAGCUUGAUGAGAUUUAUGAUGUCUUUCUGGAAAUCAAGAAGAAAUGGAAGACAGAUAAUGUCAUGAUCCUCGGCGACUUCAACGCAGACGGAUCGUAUGUCUCAAAAAAAGACAUGAAGGAAAUUCGCAUUCGCAGUGACAAGAAUUUCCACUGGCUCAUAAGAGAUGAUGUGGACACCACAGUCAACAAAGGCAACGAUCACACCUAUGACAGGAUUGUGGUGUAUGGACAGGACAUGCUGGAAGCUGUAGUCCCCAACUCUGCCAAGCCAUUCAAUUUCCAGGCUGCUUAUGGACUUCCUACUGAACAGGCAUUGAAAGUGAGUGACCACUACCCAGUGGAAGUGGAGCUGAGAAGAAGCACAUCCACACGCCAGAGUAAGCAGCGCAACUCAAAAAUAAUUUUGUUCUUGUUUUUUUUUUUAGGUUCUGGGGAACAGAAUAUUGUUGACAAGACCGAACUGUUGGACACCACAGGGUGGCGUGAGGACCUACAGGAAAUGAAGAAGGGGAACCUUCUGCUUGAACGUGAGAAGCUGAACUUGGAAAUAAAGAUGCUGAAGUUUAAAAUGGCUAAGCUGGAGCAUUAGGAUGCCCAUUAGACAUAUACCCCUGGUCCUCUGCGGUUACAUGUAGCGUGCAGACAGUGCUAGGCCCAUGCUAUUAUAAGUUGUGUUCAAUCAAAGUCACAUGACUUUACAGAGGCAAAAUUUCACUAGAUGCCAACAACUUUAUUUCUGAUGUUUCUCUUUACAAGAGCCAUGAAAUAAUCCUGUCAACUGUAUUAAAAAUAUUCCAAAUCUGGACCCUAAUAAAAAAAAAAGGAGGGGGAGAUUUCUCUGAGGUGUUCCCCAGUUUCGUAA